GAUCUUGCGGUGUGGGCUAUUUUCUUGUUUCUUCCAGGGUUUGCUUUGCUCCCCGCCCCGGAUGUCAUGGCAUUGGGGCAAAGUCUCCGACCUCUACUCUCAUGGCCUCUGCCUCUGCGUGGUUUGGCUUUCCCCCUUCUUCUUCUUCUUGUUUCUCUCUAACCUUCUCCCUUCCUCGCCCAUUCGCCUCCACAACUCCUCGCCUCUCCGAUAACAGAAUCCCGUGACUGUAAGAUAAACCCUACUCCUGCUCCUGGUGGGUUUUGUCUCUUCAAGCUCUGCUCUUUGCCCUCUCUUCCUCUUGGACCCCGUUGCGGUCUUGUCAGGAUGUCUUCAGAUGCUAAUCUUUUUGUCGAGUGGGAAGAGCACAUAAUCUCCCCAGAGAAAGGAAACCGUGUAGUUCACUAUUUUUUGAAGAAUGUAUCUGGAGAUUCGGUACUUGCAGUUAUUGGGACUGAGAAGAGUAUAAGGCACAUGAUCUAUGUUGUUGCGGAUGAGUACCUGCAGGCAUAUGGAUCUGAUGGAUUCAUCAAUACCAACACAAAAUGGCGAGCUAGACGGGAGGUUGUGGACUGGCUUACCCUUAUGGUUUCAAAGCAUCACCCACCAAUAGAUAUUGCAAAUGUUCAGGCAAAUGAUUCAAGCCAAGCCCUCAUCUCUCAAGAAGACCCAAUGGCUGAUGUCAGUGUGUGUCAGAUUAAUCUACCAGAUACUAUGAUCCAGGUUGCAAGGAGAUUAAAAGUUCAAAAUUCAGAUAUUGUGUGGUCGGGUGUUGCUUGGAUCUGUAGUAAACAGCUGAAGCACUAUCCUGCUUUUUGUAGAAAAGAAACUACCAUAGCUGUUCAUUCCUUUGUAUUUGUCAUGGCUGAAGAAAGUAGUCGCUAUAUUGGAUACUUGGAAGAUCUAUAUGAAGACAAGAAGGGUCAGAAAAAGGUUAAAGUGCGGUGGUUUCACCACAAUCAGGAAGUCAAGGGCACAAUAGUGCAGCUAAAUCCACACCCCAGAGAAGUUUUCAUCACCCCCCAUGUUCAGGUGAUCAGCGCUGAAUGUAUUGAUGGUCCUGCAAUAGUUUUGACUCCUAAGCAUUAUGAGAAAUGCUUGGCUACUGCCCCACAUGCAUUAUCAGCUGGAAUCCAUAUGUGCUUUAGGCAAUUCAAAAGCAAUAAUGUGAAGCCCUUCUCUGUAAGUAAACUGCGGGGCUACUCAAAUCAGGCAAUCCUCUCUACUUUAGGCUUUCCUCUGGUUUCCAAGAACAGGAUUAAGAACCGUAAGUCAAAUGGGCAAGAUGAAGCCUUUAUCCAUGAUGGCCAUGCAGAACAAGUUGCCAAGAGAAACAGGAGCUGCAGACAGAAACCUUCAAUCAAUGGGAACCAGAUAUCAAAAAAUGAGCCAACAUAUAAGAAGUUGAAGAUAAAGUUAUCUAAUCGGGAGCUAGGUAGCUUUAACCUUGUUGGGCCUGAGCCCUCUAGUCAUGGAUAUUUAAAGGUUGGUGAAAAGAUAGAACUGCUUUCUCAAGAUAGUGGCAUCCGGGGCUGCUGGUUUAGGUGUAAGAUCGUGCAGGCAUCACAAAAAUGUCUAAAGGUUCAAUAUGUUGAUGUGCUGGAUGCUGAUGGUUCUGCCAAUCUUGAGGAAUGGGUUCCUGCUUUUAGAGUGGCCGCCCCUGAUAAACUGGGAAUGAGAUGCCCGGGCCGUCCUACUGUUCGCCCAUGGCCUUCUGAGGAUUUGUCAGACUUUUCACUAGAGGUUGGAGCAUCAGUUGAUGCAUGGUGGAAAGAUGGCUGGUGGGAAGGUGUCAUAAUGGGAGUUAACAUUUCUGGAAAUGAUAAUCUUCAAGUUUAUUUCUCUGGCGAAGAUCGUUUCUUGACCCUUCAGAGAAAGAAUAUCAGGACAUCAAGAGAUUGGGUUGGUAAGAAAUGGGUAGAUAUAAAGACAAAACCCGACAUAAAGAAGCUCCCAAGAUGCUCGAGAUUGGAAGAGGCAUCUGAGGGCUGUCCCUUUCUGCCAUCGGAUUGUAUUGCUCCCAAAACCAAAGUUGAUCCAGUCAAAGAAGUUAAAGGGGGGGUAUCAAGUCUAAUAACAAUUACUGAUGGGGAAAAUAUGGAGAGAGUUGACUUGGGAGAUCGAACUUGUGUCCAGAAUGAAGAUAAUGUUGACAGGAGGUGGUGAUAGUGGUGGUGGUGCUGGCAAAGAGACCAAGUAAGUUCUGUAUCUUGAACCUGCUAACCAGAAAAUGUAAAGCGGUAGAAGAGAUGUUAGCGGUAUAUGAUGUUGGCUGAAUGAAUGUUUUUGGCAUUCGGUGGAGAAGUUUUGCUUGCUAAAUAGAUCCUCCGGGAGCUUCUUCCAUUGGAGUUUUGUGUAUAUAGCAUAGAGAAGUUUUGAGACAGGAAUAUGCAGCAGCAGGUGAUUUUGUAGAUUUCUGACUCCAGUUGGGUUGGCAGGGUGUAUAGCAGCCGUGUUAGAACAUACAAUUUCCUUCCAAUCUGUCAAAGCUGGGUUUUGUCUCCUGCGAUCAACUUUUGGAAGGCCCAACUCGAGGUCGGCUUCAGAUUUUGCUUUUUGGUUUUGCCUAUAAAGUUAGAAUUGCCCCUUUGAAUUUGCAUAAUUUUCUAGUGUAAACAUGACUUUCCUCCUCUUUAAGUGUAAAUGAAUGCUUUAUCAAGUCUCGGGAAGUUGUCAGGCUGAACAUAUUUUUGGCAGCUAUCAUGAAUAUAUAUAUAUAUAUAUAUAUAAAACAACAUUUCUGUGAACUGUUUUUAACUUGGAUUCUGUGCUGGAGGAGGAUGGCAUGUCAUGUGCAUGCCCAAAGCUGAAUGAUUAUUAUUUGUGUAGAUGCUGCAGCGCACGAAUGGAUCGGCCCUGUUGUCCAUCGCAGCUUGUGUGGGGUCCACUGCCCCCACUCUAUUUUGCUCUUCUCAGCCAACAUAAGAAUUGCUCGAUGCGAGCAAGAGAACAAAAUCGUAGAUUGCAAUUCUAUUUACCAAGUUUUUCUCAAUAGCUUUGCCAGAUGUGUAAUAGUGUCGGUGUCAUUGAGAUGAUAAAAUAUUGGAAUAUCCAUGAACUGUAUUCCAUCAAAUCUCAAGGUCAAGACACUAUUCUCUCGGUGAUUUGAGACUCUCAAGGCAGCAGCAAAUAAAGAAGGAAAAAUGGGACUCUUCUUUGAUCCAAAAUGGAUCUUAAUUAUUCCACUACUCUUGUGUUCCUAUUCUUCUUGUGAUGGAAAUGGAGCAUUCUGAGCAUACUACAGGAUAUGGUAAAACAACUCUCUCUCUCUCUCUCUCCCACCCUUUCUUCUUCUUGGUGAAAUGAAACCAAACUUAAGUUCUAGUGUUCAGUUCACUCAAACUGGAACCUCAACCAACCAUGGUUGAGGUUCACCCAUUGAUGAUAGAAAGAGGAGAGUAAGGCUAGAGAGAAAAUUAUGAAGGCAAAAAUAAUUAUUUUACAAUAUUUUUUAAUAAGAAAAACAGUUCCAUUAGAUAAUUAUUAUGCCACGGCUGGGGGUGAUGCUUAAUAUGAACUUAAAUCUAAAACAAAACUAACUAGAGUUACCAAAAAAUAACGAAUGAAAACCAAUAAAGAGUAUGGAAUAUAUAUGUCUCCUCCUUGCUUCAGUCAGUAUAAGACACUGCCGUGGGCUAUAUAUACACAGUACAGAUAUGACAAGUUUCAUAAGGAAAAGGAAAAAAAAAAAAAAAAAAAGCAAUAAA